AAUAAAUCCGACGAUUAUUUCCAUCAAAGGGACAGCUGUAAAGGCAAAAACUGUCAACGUCGGUGGGUUUUUACCCGAGAAAUUCCCACGAAAACUCUACUUGCAGGCCAUGUACAGACUACAGAGCUGACAGGGCGACAAAGCAGGCCUCAUGAACCUCGCAAACCAGCCCGCAGACCCCAGCUCCAACCUCCUUUUCGUGAAUUUUAACCAGGAUUAUACAUCCCUGGCUGUUGGAGCUAAGACGGGGUUCAGGCUUUUUUCACUCACAUCCGUCGAUAAACUUGAACAGAUUUAUGAAAAUGAUUCGGAGGAUAUCUGCAUUGUGGAGCGACUGUUCUCCAGCAGUCUUGUUGCUGUGGUCAGCCUGUCUGCCCCCCGCAAACUCAAAGUCUGCCACUUCAAGAAGGGCACAGAGAUCUGUAACUACAGCUACUCCAACACCAUCCUAGCUGUCAAGCUGAACAGACGGCGGCUGAUUGUGGCCUUGGAGGAGUCCCUGUACAUCCACAACAUCCGGGACAUGAAGGUCUUGCACACCAUCCGCGACACACCGCCCAACCCCCACGGCCUCUGCGCGCUGUCGGUCAACAACGACAAUUGCUACCUGGCCUACCCAGGCAGCAGCCAGAUCGGGGAGGUACAGAUCUUUGACACGGUCAACCUACAGGCGGUCACCAUGAUCCCAGCCCACGACAGCCCUCUGGCCGCGCUGACCUUUGAUCACAGUGGAACCAAGCUUGCCACCGCUUCAGAAAAGGGCACAGUAAUUAGGGUAUUUUCCAUCCCAGAUGGCAAGAAGUUAUUUGAGUUCCGAAGAGGAGUCAAGAGAUGUGUUAGUAUAAGCUCCCUUGCCUUCAGCUCGGAUUCAAUGUUCCUGUGUGCAUCCAGUAACACAGAGACUGUCCACAUCUUCAAAUUGGAGGUACCCAAAGAAAAAUCCACAGAGGAGCCCACAAGUUGGAUGGGAUAUCUGGGCAAGGCCUUGAUGACCCCAGCCAACUACCUACCUUCUCAGGUCACCGAGGUCUUCAACCAGGGCAGGGCCUUUGCCACUGUCAAGCUGCCGUUCUCUGGUCUCAAGAACGUCUGUGCUCUUGCCAAUAUAUCCAAGCCUAGAGUUCUUGUUGCAGCAGCCGAUGGCUUUUUGUACAUAUACAACCUAGAUCCAGUGGAUGGUGGUGACUGUACACUACUCAAGCAGCACAGAUUGGAUGGCCAAGUGGAAGGAGCCGAGGGCGGCCAUCUUGCCAGCAGUGGCAGUGGUGGGAUAGCAUCAGGACACACUGCCACAGCAGCAUCUGACCAGCCGGCCAGCAGUAGCGGCAGGCCAUAUCCAGGGGCAGCUUCAUUCGCAGCAGCGGCUGCAGCAGGAGCCAGGCAGGAGCCGCUGUCCUCGUCUCCUCACCGAUCACCUGCCAGAGGAAGCCCAGCACGGCAGACCCACGAUGCAGGUGCCAGUGAUCUCCUAGGGGCAGCCGCUGAGGAAACACACCCCUACGACCCCCAGGCUGGACUGAACACGCUCCGACUCGACGACGACAAUGAAUUUCCUCCAAUGACGCACCACACUGACUCGCCCUAGUGCCUUGCGCACUCGUGAAGGCACUUCUGCACUUCCCCCAAAUUUCCAACUUGACCACUUGCAUUUACAGCGUGAAAAACUGCCAAAUCUUUUGCAAGGGAGCACCACUUGUUGAGUCAAUGGAUCCCAUUCCUAGAAGAGAACAGAAAAAUGAGCGGUGUAUUUUUUUAAUUACUCCAUGGAUGAGGAAUGCAUGUCUCUGGAGCUAACUUCACAUUACCGCAUUGCACAGAUUUCAAGCUGCGUUAUAGCGCAUACUGGCUGUCAUUUCAGUAACAGUCAUGUCAGUGGCAAUUUAAUGCUGUUAAACCGAUUGCAAGGGUUUGUUCGUGAAGCACGCACAGCCAUAAUGGAAGUUGUGUGAAAUUGUGACUAAUUGUAAAAUGUCCUAACUGCACACAUACACAUACAAAAACAAGGUACUUUGUUGAAAUACAUUGAAUCUCUGCACUGCAGCUGCUUUUGCUCCCGACCAGUUCAGUACACACACACCUGCAUUUUCUGUGUGUUGCUGCUUUUUCUUUCCAGGAAGUUAUGGUGUACAAAAUACAGUGAAACGAGAGGAGUUUGUACAGAGUUUUAAUGCUGAAUUUCAGAGCCGGCAAUGUAAAAAAGUUUCAGUUGGGAUCAUUUUCAUAUGCUAUGAUUUUUCUUGUCCAAGUGAUUCGCUUGAAAAAAAUGUGAUGUUUUAUCUGUUCUAAUUUAAACAAAAAUAUGGUGAAAUACAAUAUGGUGAAAACGCUCUUGAAGGUACCUAUAUGUAUAACCUUUUACAAGUUCAGAAUUUAUUGAACAAUCAGAUUUAUUAACGAGUACUGUUUAGCUGAUUAGAUUAGAUGUGCUAUUUGCUCAAGAAAAGAUUUUAAAGAAUUUUUUAAUGGAUGUGACUUGGAGUUUACUGUCAUCCUCCUGGCUUUUUUUUCUCUUUUUGAUCGAAGUAAAAAGGGCUCACGCAGAUGGCCACAACAAGCAGUGUUACGUUUUGA